GGCUGAGCCGGGCUGGGAGGCGGAGGUUUCAGUCGGUGGCUCGCAGCGGAAGGAGCCUAUGGAGGACACUGACUACUUCGGGGGCAGCGCGGCGGAGUGGGGGGAUGAUGCGGAUGGCGGGGCGCAGGAUGAUGAGUAUGGAGAAGGAGAAGAUGAUGCUGAAGUCCAGCAAGAAUGUUUGCAUAAAUUUUCCACUCGAGAUUAUAUAAUGGAGCCCUCUAUAUUUAACACUCUAAAAAGGUAUUUCCAGGCAGGUGGCUCUCCAGAAAAUGUUAUCCAACUGCUGUCAGAGAACUAUACUGCAGUGGCACAAACUGUAAAUCUACUGGCAGAGUGGCUCAUUCAAACAGGUGUUGAACCAGUGCAGGUUCAGGAAACUGUAGAAAACCACUUGAAAAGUUUACUCAUCAAACACUUUGACCCUCGGAAAGCAGAUUCCAUCUUUACAGAGGAAGGCGAGACUCCAGCCUGGCUUGAGCAAAUGAUAGCACAUCCUACAUGGAGAGAUCUUUUUUACAAGCUGGCUGAAGCCCAUCCAGACUGCCUGAUGCUUAAUUUUACUGUCAAGCUUAUAUCUGAUGCUGGUUAUCAAGGGGAAAUAACCAGUGUAUCAACAGCAUGUCAGCAAUUAGAAGUCUUUUCUCGAGUGCUACGUACUUCUCUGGCUACAAUUUUAGAUGGAGGGGAAGAAAACCUUGAGAAGAACCUCCCAGAGUUUGCGAAAAUGGUUUGCCAUGGAGAACACACAUAUCUCUUUGCUCAGUCUAUGAUGUCCAUAUUAGCCCAAGAAGAGCAAGGUGGGUCUGCUGUGCACAGGAUUGCUCAGGAAGUUCAGCGAUUUGCUCACGAGAAAGGCCACGAUGCUAGUCAGAUCACUCUAGCUCUGGGUACUGCAGCCUCCUACCCUCGAGCAUGUCAAGCGCUCGGUGCCAUGUUAUCCAAAGGAGCUCUGAAUCCAGCGGACAUCACAGUCCUGUUCAAGAUGUUUACAAGCAUGGACCCACCUCCAGUAGAACUGAUUCGAGUACCUGCCUUUCUGGACCUUUUCAUGCAGUCACUAUUUAAGCCAGGUGCUAAGAUCAAUCAGGACCAUAAACACAAAUAUAUCCACAUAUUAGCAUAUGCAGCCAGUGUAGUAGAGACGUGGAAAAAGAACAAGAGAGUGAGCAUAAACAAAGACGAGCUCAAAUCGACUUCAAAAGCUGUUGAAACGGUUCACAAUCUGUGCUGCAACGAAAACAAAGGAGCUUCAGAGCUGGUUGCAGAGCUGAGCACCCUCUAUCAGUGCAUCAGGUUUCCUGUGGUGGCAAUGGGUGUAUUAAAGUGGGUGGACUGGACAGUGUCAGAACCACGAUAUUUUCAGCUUCAGACUGAUCACACUCCAGUGCAUCUGGCAUUACUAGACGAGAUCAGCACAUGCCAUCAGCUGCUUCACCCCCAAGUUCUGCAACUUCUUGUCAAGCUUUUUGAAACGGAACACUCCCAGCUUGAUGUCAUGGAACAGCUGGAAUUGAAGAAAACCCUUCUGGACAGAAUGGUUCACUUACUCAGUCGGGGAUAUGUCCUACCUGUUGUCGGUUAUAUACGCAAGUGUCUGGAGAAACUAGACACAGACAUCUCACUCAUUAGAUACUUUGUUACUGAGGUACUGGAUGUGAUUGCUCCUCCAUAUACCUCAGACUUCGUGCAGCUUUUCCUUCCAAUCUUAGAGAAUGAAAGCAUUGCAGGCACUAUUAAAACAGAAGGUGAACAUGACCCUGUCACAGAAUUCAUAGGUAAGAUGUUUGUUCCCUCCUCACUCCCUUAUGUACGCCCUUACAUUCUGAAGAUGUUUCUGGGAAGGGGAUUACAGUUAAUAGAAUAUAUUAUACAGGCACUAUUGUGUACAUUCUAGUUUCCCUUUCCUCCUAAAGACCCAUGUGGAGAGAUUUUCUGUUAAUCAGGGAUGGCUGGAUGGGACUUCCUUUGAAAGUCCUUCACUGGUGCUUCUAGAGAGGCUGCUGCAUGGCAGAGCAAGUCCCUUCCUAUUGCCUCUAUAGCACACUCACGCCUGAGAACAAAAAGGGUCAAUCUGUUCCCUAGACUUUAACCUACUGAGUUGUCACAAACCAAUUAUAUAAUGUAGACAUUGCACAUGAAAGCAGUUAUAACUAAAACAACAUGCUGAACAAUUUUUUUAAAUCUUUUUUUCAAGCUCAUUGCAAAUCUAACUUCAUUAUGGUGAACUAAGGAAGCGAUAAAACAAGAAUGCAGAGCACCAUGAAUACUGAGGUUAUGGACAAUCAUUUCCUUGCUAUGCCCACCACCAGUAGGGUUCUCUAGUUGGAUUACACAGUGGCAGCCAACAAGGAAGAAGCGUAGAGAUGCUUGCUGAUUCAUAUUGCACAGUAACUUUGAACUUUGUUCUGGAGGUCUUCUAUUGCAUCUUUGGGAAAGGGUCAAUCCACACAUGGAUUAAUACUUCAGGACAUUUUUAUUACAAAAAUCAGUUUGCCAGCCUAAGAACAGCAUGAGAAAUACAGUCAUAUUUCAAGGAAUGUUUUUUGUUACUUUCACAGCUUGUAGAAGUUUCUUCUACUGAUCUCACACACACACACACUUUUCUAGUGACUGUAGGCUUUGAUCUUGUGAUUUGAUGAGCACACAGUCCUGUGCUGCGGAGAACCCAGGAUGAUUUUUCUUGUCAUUCCGUUCCACAGGUGAGUGUUCUGAAUAUUCUACAAAAUUACCUUCUGAAAAACUAGGUGUGUUGUGGAACACAAACUGAGUUGUAAUAAUCAAGGCUCGUUCUGUACUGAGAGACAAAUCCUGUGUGCAAGCAGCCUUGUUCAGAAUUCUAUCUUUUUUUUUUAAUAGAUGUGUUAAACAUUACUGGUAAGUUUCAUUACCAUGUCACAGUUGGUACUGUAGCUAAAUUAUCUGAAUAUUUCUAAAC